UCCUGGUUAUCGAUCUGAGACCGUUGGUGUCCUGUCGAGAAUGCAAAGCAAUGCGGGUUGCGGCAACGCAUCAAGCCACGGUGAGCCCUCAUACAGCUCGCUUGUCGAAAGCUACUGCACCAUUAUGAGAGGCGCUUGUGUAGUCGUCCGGCCCGUAAGCCAGCAUUUCUCAAGUGAACAUGCCGCUCAGGUCUCUUCCCACUUUCGACCUUAUUCAGACACAGCAGCUGCAGCAGGCUGAAUUCGUGCGAUCCCCAUCGUUUAGGCCUUCAAGCCGUGAGCUAGCUGCGUUGAACGCAGGGCUGCAGCUUGGAUCGUCUACGUAUCGAACAGCAACUACGGUAGCGGGCUGCAGCCACAGGGUUAGCUUGGGGGAGACGCCGGAGCAAACAGACUCAGCGCCGUCCUCACUUCCCGGAGAAUGGCGCAAGCAGGGAGUUGUGCCGAUGCGUAGAUUUUGUCCCCCACUUUUGUUAGUCGCGCAGUCCAGAAUCUUUUAUUCCGAAGGUCUGCCCAUCGCUUUGAUCAAGCGAGGAACGACGAUCACCAAGAUCAGUGACCUGUCACGCAGCACCGCCAUUGCAUCUGUACAACGCGCGUACAGCGUUCGAAUCCAGCACUAUUCUUGAACAGCUCGGUUACCCGCCGGAUCGGUGUACUGGUCUACAUAACCCUGGGGCAAUCCACCAAAGCGUAUUUGCCACGUGCAGCGAGUAACCUACUGCCGCCUAGACGCGCAUAGAACAAGAGUGGCUGUUCAAUUCGUCUACAGCUUUUUGCUAUUUGAUAUAGCACCGCCAGGCCACUA